AUGGCUGCCUUGGUGCAAUCAUAUCCUCAGCAGUCCGGAUCUGUCACCAUGCUUCACACACGCCCGGGCUCGGCGUCAGGGAUACAAGGGCAGAACCAACCGUAUGGAGGGAAUCAGCCGCAACGAAACAGUUACUAUGGCGGGUCGGGUGGCCAACCAGUCUAUCGGAUGAAUGCUGGACCGAUACAGCCGUAUGCGUUCACCACCACCCCGACUCUCCACUCGAACAACCAAUGGCAAAAUCCUGCGGCAUACAGAACCGCAUCAUCUCCGGCGGUCCCUACGAUGCGGACUUUCGGAGGCUCUGGUUCUCAACAACGCGGUCGGUAUCCUGGUAGUGUUUCAAUGACCAAUCUGCCCAGCAGUUCCUAUGGAGAGUAUGGCGCUGGCUCGAGGGAUGAUUCCAGCCUGCCCGCUGUCGGCGGUCGAAGGUAUCCUUCGGCUCCAAGACCCCAGUCGGCUCACCUCAUUGGCGCUACGACAGCAACCGCAACCCAGGUGACCUUCACACAGGCGACCCCGGUUCGACUCUCCCCCGAACGCUACAGGAGGCCGGCCCCUCGAAAUGUGGACGGUCCUCCCGGAAGUGCAGGUAGACAACCACUAACUCCCCCACAGUUUGGCGACCAGAGGCUUGCUGUCCCAAGGAACAGAACUCCGUCGAACACCAGCCGACCGAACAGUUUCUACAGCUCGACGACGGGUUCCUCGACAGAUGACUUGCAGUUGUACCGUCAGCAGCUUCCGGACGAGCAAAAGCGUCUCAGACGUCGCAGCAUGCCUGCACUGGAUUCUGCCGAAUAUCGUCGACCCUUUACCCCUCAAGGUGCUGGCCAGUCUGGAGAAUUGGCUGGUCAGAAGGGUGCUGAUUUGUUCCCGUCACAGAGCCGUUUGACUGCUUCAAACGGCAGCCAUGGAAGCAAAGCCAACGUUGCCAGUCUGCCUUCGAGCAAUGGCAGUAGCGAAAGCCUAAAUUCCAACCGUAGCAAUGGUUCCAUUCCGUCGUCAGCCAACCGCAACCCCGGCACCCCCACAGCCAACCCCGCCGGGUCUAACACCUCUGCCGCCGAUCAAUCAGCCAACUCGGAUCCUCUCAAGGUCGUCACCAUCCCCCCUCGAGGUUCUUCAUCCGAUGCUUCAAAGACGGUCAACAAUCCGUCUCCAUUGUCUAAGCCGGUGACUAUGGAUUUAGAGUCGGACGCUGGCGCCAUCGAUGCGAAGGGCGAUGCUUCGAACCGAACAACAUCAAAAAAUGAGCCGCCCGCCCAGGCUCAAUCAGGCGACAGCCCGGCAGUCCAGAGAUUGGCCGCCAUUAGCAAGAAUACGGGGAGGUCCAAAAGCAAAACCUCGCGCCUCCGACGCGCAUUCUCAUUCGGAAGUGCUGCCGACUUCAAGAAGGCUGCCGACGAACACGAAGCCAGCCAGGCUAGUCAGACUAGCACUCCUUCGACAAAGUUACACAAGGAACCUCCGUCUGAUACCGUGUACGAUGCCGAACAGGCCAGGAUUGCUCAGCAGCAAGAGGAGGCGGGUAUCGGAAGCAACAUUUAUGCAGGUGCCAAAAUCUUUUCCAACUCGACCGACAACCUUUCCAUCUCGUCGACGGCGUCAUCAGCUUCGAUUAUGAUUCGCAAGAUGGGACGUGGGAUGAAGAAGGGAGGCCGCUCUCUUGUCGGACUUUUCCGACCCAAGUCGAUGAUUGGCGCUCCCAUGACGGACUCACGGGUUCCUCAAGCCGGCCAAGCAGAGGUCUCGAUGAUCACGGCGGAGGCGGAGCGGGAGAAGGUCAAUGUGACGCCCAAUCCCCGCGACCAGGCUGGUGGAGGCGUUGGCUUCCCGCGGUUAGAGCGAAACUCAAUCGAUGCAUCAAAAGUUGACGGGGCGAUACCUGAUCACCUUGGUGUCCAAAUUGGCGACCAGCCUAGCUCGCGCAGAAGCAUCAUCGGCGGCGACAAGGAGCGUGCUGAGGCGCUCGCUUCUGUGCGCACCAAGGGAAUCCUCAAACGCCGAGGCUCCCCCAGUCCACCCCGGGGCAAUGGUUUGCCGGGUGUCCCGCCAAUGAGCGAUUCGCCAAACUCCAGUGCACCGAGCACGCCUAAUGACGACGUACAGGCACAUAAGCGGGCGGGAUCGGUAGCAAUCGGAAGCGAAGAUUACUUUAUGACUGCACUUAGGCUCCGCCAGGACACUAAGAGUGCCCCAGUCACUCCUCAAGGUGCCACGCCCACUAGCACCCUGAGGAGGAACGCAACCUUUAGCCCGCGCAUUGUAUUUUACGACACUUGGCCACCUCAGGAGUAUGACCGCCGCGGAGAGAUUGCUACAUGCAAUCGUCUCACGCCCAUGCUGGCCCAGCAAAUUAAGGAGGAGCUCAACUCCUUCAAGAUGGAGAUGGAGGUUCAUGAGAACUCGAAGAUCUACACGCACUUCUUCUGA